AUGCCUGCACCACCAUUCGGAACAGCUUCAGCAUACACAGAUUCAUUCCCUUCUGCACCACCUAAGCAAAUGACAGUGACAACGGAAACAUGUUACAAUCUAUCUGUGUUCAGAGACAUAGUCAGACAAUAUCGUAAAUUAGACGAUCAAAUCAUCAUACGAUUGAAUCGAGCGCAAGCUCAAUUACGAGAUGAAGAUCGAUUAAAUCCAAAUUCAAAUCAUAUGAGCGGAUCUGAGGGAAUGUGCGCCAGGAUAUGGAGUGAGAUGAUGUCUGGAUGGGCACAUAGACAAACUCUGUUAACGUUCUGUUCGCAAACGGUACAAUCCAGUGUGGAAGGUAAAAAGAACGUAGAUGCAGAUACUCCUAUCGUGACUGGGCCGAAAUGGGAAAGAGGUAUAAAAGAGGAAGAAGUCCUGGCAGAUCAACUGGCAAGCGAAGAAAGUGUUGAAGCUAUUAUACGUAAACGGACUCUGGAUGCCUUCAAAUCUCGAUGUCCCUUCUUCUCACCUUCACCUUCCGACCCUUCAGGUAAAGCAUGGUGGGAUCUCGCAGACGGUGGAAGGAAAGGUAGAGGUCCAGAUUUACAUUGA